UUAAGAUGAGAUUUGGAUGGGAACACAGCCAAACCAUAUUAGAUGGAGAUGGGGUGAGGUGAGAAAUGUAGUGGAUUAAUCCACGAGGUUCCACAUUUUACCAUAGGCAUGCCAGAAGGAGAAAACAAGAAAAAAAUGGUUCAGAGACAAGUACUAAGGAAUAAUAGAAGAAGAAUUGUCAAAAUGGAACAAUGCUGUUUUCCAGAUUUUGAGACACUAUAAAGUGCCCAAAAUGAUGGGUAAGAAAAGAUUCUCAUUAGCUCAUUAGGGUUCUUUACUCUGAGACUUCAGAAUACCAGGAUUAAAGAGAAGAUUCCAAAACAUUCCAGAGGAGUAACACAGGUCACAUGUAAAAGAUCAUACUUGGUAAAAAGAAUAGUAGUGGCCUGAGACUGCAAGACUGGAAGCUAGAAGACAAUGAAGUACAGCCUAAAAAUUUUGAGGGAAAAUUACACUUUACUUAAAAUUCAAUUACAAGUUUAACUCACAAACAAGUAUGAGAGUAGCAUUAAGACAUUUUCAGACACACAAGGUCUCAACAAAUUCACCUCCCAUGUACCUUUUCUCAGGAAGCUACUAGAGAAUGUGCUCUACAAAAAUGAGGAUGUAAACCAACAAAGAGGAAACCAUGGGAUCCAGGAAACGGGGGCUCCAACACAGGAGAGAGGCACAGGGAUUUCGCAAGAUGGUGUUAAAAAGAAGUCCCAGGACAACAGAAUCUGAUGACCUCCGAGGGGACCCUGCACUCAGCCAUCAAAGUGCUCCUGCCCCACUGGACGCUCAUAAUUCAAUGGUAGAUGCAGGUGGAGGUGAGAACAUCACCCAGCUUCCCCAGGAGCUUCCUCAGAUGAUGGCUGCAGCAGCUGAUGGUUUGGGGAGUAUAGCAAUAGACACGACCCAGCUCAACAUGUCCGUGACAGAUCCCACAGCCUGGGCUACAGCCAUGAAUAACCUGGGAAUGGUUCCCGUGGGGUUGCCUGGACAGCAGCUCGUGUCUGACUCAAUCUGUGUCCCAGGCUUUGAUCCAAGCCUCAACAUGAUGACUGGAAUCACCCCCAUUAACCCAAUGAUCCCGGGCCUUGGACUGGUACCUCCCCCACCACCAACAGAAGUGGCUGUUGUCAAAGAAAUAAUCCACUGCAAAAGCUGUACUCUUUUUCCUCAAAAUCCAAAUCUUCCACCUCCUUCCACAAGAGAACGACCUCCUGGGUGUAAGACUGUGUUUGUCGGAGGAUUACCAGAAAAUGCUACCGAGGAAAUUAUUCAAGAAGUCUUUGAACAGUGCGGUGAUAUUACAGCAAUUCGGAAAAGCAAGAAGAAUUUUUGUCACAUUCGCUUUGCAGAAGAAUUCAUGGUUGAUAAAGCCAUUUACCUUUCUGGUUACAGGAUGCGAUUAGGGUCCAGCACUGACAAAAAGGAUUCAGGCCGCCUUCAUGUGGACUUUGCCCAGGCCAGGGAUGACUUCUAUGAGUGGGAAUGCAAGCAGAGGAUGCGUGCCCGGGAGGAGCGGCACCGGCGCAAGCUGGAGGAGGACCGGCUCCGGCCCCCAUCCCCGCCCGCCAUAAUGCACUACUCAGAGCACGAAGCCGCUCUGCUAGCUGAAAAGCUGAAAGAUGAUAGCAAGUUUUCAGAGGCGAUCACAGUGCUGCUUUCCUGGAUUGAACGAGGGGAGGUGAAUCGGCGUUCCGCAAACCAGUUCUAUUCCAUGGUGCAGUCGGCCAACAGCCACGUCCGCCGGCUCAUGAAUGAAAAAGCCACACAUGAGCAGGAGAUGGAGGAAGCCAAGGAGAAUUUCAAAAAUGCCUUAACUGGGAUUCUCACUCAAUUUGAGCAGAUUGUGGCCGUUUUCAACGCUUCUACCAGACAAAAAGCUUGGGACCAUUUCUCGAAAGCCCAGCGCAAGAACAUAGACAUUUGGCGAAAGCAUUCUGAGGAGCUCCGGAAUGCCCAAAGUGAGCAGCUCAUGGGCAUCCGCCGUGAAGAAGAAAUGGAAAUGUCUGACGAUGAGAAUUGUGACAGCCCUACCAAAAAAAUAAGAGUCGAUGAAUCAGCUCUGGCUGCUCAGGCCUACGCUCUGAAAGAGGAGAACGACAGUCUCCGCUGGCAGCUGGAUGCCUACAGGAAUGAGGUGGAGCUGCUGAAACAAGAAAAAGAACAGCUUUUCCGAACAGAAGAGAACCUCACCAAGGACCAGCAAUUGCAGUUCCUGCAGCAAACCAUGCAAGGCAUGCAGCAGCAAUUGCUAACUAUCCAGGAGGAGUUAAACAACAAAAAGUCAGAACUGGAACAAGCGAAGGAAGAGCAGUCCCAUACGCAAGCAUUAUUAAAAGUCCUGCAGGAACAAUUAAAAGGUACCAAGGAAUUGGUCGAGACCAAUGGCCACAGCCAUGAGGAUUCAAAUGAAAUCAAUGUGUUGACAGUUGCAUUAGUCAACCAAGACCGAGAGAAUAAUAUUGAGAAAAGAAGCCAAGGCUUAAAAUCAGAGAAAGAAGCUCUGCUAAUAGGUAUCAUAUCAACGUUUCUUCACGUCCAUCCUUUUGGAGCCAACAUAGAAUAUCUUUGGUCAUACAUGCAGCAGCUGGACUCCAAGAUAUCUGCAAAUGAAAUAGAAAUGCUUUUGAUGAGGCUGCCACGCAUGUUCAAACAGGAAUUCACGGGUGUGGGAGCCACGCUGGAAAAAAGAUGGAAGUUGUGUGCCUUUGAAGGAAUUAAAACUACCUAACUGUGAAGACCUAAACAUCUUUGGAAGUGAAACCAUGUGAACCUGGCCAGGGCUGCGCGAUGGGGUAGCAGGAGGUGUGGGGUUGGUCCAGCACGCAACCUUUGUGGAGCCAUCGAAGCCUGCCUUUAGUUAUAUCUGUGGCGUUCUCUUGUGAGUGGAAAUGUAAUUGUGUACCAGUUCCUCAAAAUAAACAAAGCUUCAUACUGUGACAGAUCUGUUUCCUAUGAAAACCAAACAAUGAUUCCACAGUCAUAAUGGCAAAAUCUUAAAAUAUGCUACAUUUGAGAAGAGCUCACCAAGCAAAAUAUUUAAAGUUAAUGAUGGUGUAGCGAUGAUUGUUGCUAGGCUACAGAGUUGUAUAUGUAAUGUAUAGCUGAAAUCAUUAAAUGACAUUUUCCUGGAAGUCUUUCUGUUUUAGAAAAAAAAAAAGAAAAGAAAAAAGAAAAAAUAAUUUUA